CUUUUUAGGCAGCAGCCACUGCAAACUUUACACAGAAGCUGAUUCGUAUGGUGGUCAAAUAUCUCUGGGGUUGGACUAGGCAUUUCUGUGUGUGUUUUUGGAGGUUUUAUUUCAUUUAUUAACUUUUAUUUAACCGGGACGUGUCAUUGAGGUCAGAAGACCUCUUUCCCAAGGAAGACUUAAGUUUUCUGGGUAUAUUUACAUUUUUUGGAGCAUAGAAAAUAACAAAAAUGGAUAGGAAAUUGAAUCUUAACCGAGCCGAGACUUUUUCCUUCAUCAACCCUUGGAUAAGGUACUUCCUGUUCUUUUUCAGCUUCUUGUUCUGGGUCUUCUCCUUGCUGAUUGUUGCUAUAGGGGUAUAUGCAAAGGUUCAAAAAGCAACAGACACGGUCAGAGACACGUUCCUGAUCGACCCAGCAGUCAUCCUGAUCGUGGUGGGCGUAGUCAUGUUCUUCAUAACCUUCUGCGGCUGCAUCGGAGCCCUGCGAGAAAACAUUCACCUUCUCAAGACGUUCUCCUUCAGUCUGACUCUGGUCUUCCUCACUCAGCUAGCCAUAGCUGUCCUGGGCUUCUUCUAUUCAGACCAGACACCAGACGCUCUGGGGAAGUUCGUGAAUAAAGCCAUCGUGCACUACAGGGAUGACCUGGAUCUGCAGAACCUCAUGGACUACAUUCAGAGAGAGUUCAAGUGCUGCGGCUGGAACAACUACACUGACUGGUCAUGGAACCUGUACUUCAACUGCACCCAGGGGAACCCCAGCUCUGAGCGCUGCGCUGUCCCUUACUCCUGCUGCACCCCCGUACCAGGAGAGGUUGUGAUCAACACCAUGUGUGGCUUUGGGGUCCAGACUCAGAACUACCUGGAGGCCACCAAGUCCAUCUAUCCAGUGGGUUGUGCAGACAGGGCGGUUCUGUGGAUUGAGUCCCACCUGCUAUUGGUGGGGGCUCUAGCUCUGGGUCUCUCCCUGCCUCAGAUUGCAGGCAUUGUGCUCUCCCAGAUCCUCAUCUCUCAGAUCCAGGAUGAGAUCAGCUCAGUGUUGUGAGAAGAGGAUGGCCCGACCGACACAGAAAAUAACAGAAUAACUAGGAGAGAACAGAGAGAAGAACUACUGGCCACUCCAGUUAACAAAGGACAUCCAUCUACGGUUUCAUUACACAGCCUUCGGAGCAUCUGGUUUAGUGGUGUGCUGUAUAGACCGUAUGGAAGUGUGUUAUUAUAUGCUGGACAGAGAUGACUAAAGGCUGACAUUGGAAGUGUUUAUGUAUACAUGAUUUUAAAUAUGACAUGAGGAUAUUCUUUUGUGAAAAUUAUGUAUUAUUUAUUUCAAAGUGUGUUUGCUAAUAUAAUGUGCUAUUUGACAUACUGUAAAUGUUGUGUUACAGAACAUUCAAUUGAACAUAACAUUUUCACAAACGUUGAAGUUAUAGAAAACAUCAUUGGAUAUUGACCAUGUUGACGAUACAGAUGAUCAUUUCUAUUAGGUCCAUGAACCUCAAGAAUAAAGGCCACAUUCUUCA